GAAUUCUGCCGUCGGGGAAACGGGCGGCGGAGGACCUCAUCGAACUAUCGGGUAGAUAUUGUGCGAGGAGUACAUUUGCCCGGGUCGUUGGAGCGGGUUAGACGAUAAUCAUCCCUCUUGACGUCCCGCAGCCACCUCAGGCGAGCAAUGGCGUAUUCGCAGACCCCUACCUCGAGACCGAUGAGUCCGACGCGACAUACGAUGAGUUAUUCAGACUGGCUCAACGGUAUCUUACAUCAGAAGAACCCGCACCAUACUCGCAGUCGCCGACCCCACAGCCUGACAAUCUCUCACAGCACUUCUCUCUGUCUUCUGUCCACGAUGGACGCCUCCUCGAUUCGGAGAGACUCCCGUCGUUCUUUCCUCAUCAUGUCAGGGCCCUUAUCAUGGAUUACUGUGGUGCUAUCACAUCACCGUCGCCUCGCCUGGCACUCACGCAGGUCGAUUUGCAUAUCAUUUCCCUCAUACAAGCCCGUAUGCAGCAGCUGGAUGGUGGCUUGGAGGGUUCGGCGUACAGCAAUGCGCAUCAUCAUGAUGAAGCUGGGCAGGAGGCCAUUGGAUCCUCCGUCUCCCCACCUCCUCAUUCCACAACAAUCGACUCCUCCGUGCCAACGACUCCGGAACCCGCGGUUAGGUCGUCUCACCUACGCCAGUGUCAUUUCGACGGAUGCUCCAGAGAUGCUUGGAAAGGAGCCGACGACGACACGCGCGUGGUGUGCCAGUGGCCUCACUGCAACCAGGACAGACCGCUGUUGAGGCGCACGCUUGCGAAGCACCUCAAGGACGUGCAUCUCCGGGAGAAUAGG